UGCCUGUGGAAACGGCUAUCGUCCGCAACUGCUCAGAUAUCACAGAACCUCAGUCUCCUGAGAUGGAGACUACGAGCGGGUCAGGCGCGGGGCCGGAGCCGCCCGUGGCCGCCCAACCGCCGCCCAGUCCACUCUCUGGAGCCUACCUACUCAUCGUGGUCGGCGAACCUCAUACUGACGCUCACAAACAGGACAUACUCAGGAAAAUCGCUAAUGGAUUCCUCUCCUGGGACGUAGACUCCUGCCAUGUUGACCUGGACAAGGAACUUCAGGCUAUCAUCUCGGCAGCCCCUGAGGGCGAAGAGGCCAGGAAUGGAGAACGGCUGAUCCAGUUUGCCAGUGAGAACCUAGUGACCGAAGUGCUGAUCCAACCUCAACUGAACACCCUGAUACAGUGCAUCAGGAACUUGCUGAGUAGCUUCACUAAACACCGACACAUCAUCCACGCUGGCUAUACCUUCGCAGGCAAUGGCUCCUGGAUCGUCCAGGAUGGCACCUUUUCUCUUGCCGACUUGAUCGACGCGCUACAAGAGACAGAAGUGCAACGAGUGCUGCGCGCCUACGAACACUCUGUCACAGUGGACAUCCACUGCGCGCCCGAAGGGGACUGGAGCACCGCGCGGCUGCGGCGUGAGGCGUGCACCCGACUGUGUCGCGUCCGAGUCAACCCUGACGACGGACCUAGCCCAGCCGCCAACAUACAACAGUUCGUAGACUACCUUGCACCCUUCGUGCAGCCUCAAUCUAUCGACAAGCUACUACAUCCAUCCGAUGUGGUUGGCAACAUCAGAUUCAGCCACCCAACUCUCUAUGUAUUCCCAGGAGGUCAAGGUGACGCUGCACUGUUUGGAAUCAAUGGAUUCAACAUGCUUGUCGAUGGAGGCUUUGCCAGGAAGGCAUGUUUCUGGGACUUUGUGCGCCACCUGGACCGCUUGGACGCUGUCUUGAUGACAAGGAUCAACAACAGCAACUGCCAUGGAUUGUCUUCCAUCCUCCGUCGCAAGAGGCUCUCUCACGUCUACCCACAGAUUGGACACUUCUUCUGUAAUUUGCAGGAAAGAAAGCAGCCUUCAACACCGGAUGAGGAGAAAGUCAGAGACCCACUACUGGUCAGCCUGCUUGACGAGGGACAGGAAAUGGUCCAGAACCUUAAACACCUUCAGCUGAAACCCCACAACUGUGUGCGAGAUUCAGUAUUGGAACCUAUCAAUCUGUACCACAAGGUUGGACAUGGCAAACUGGACAUGUAUGUCAUUAGUCCAUCUAGAGACAGUAAAGAACUGAAAGAAUUUUUAUCAAAGUGGAAUUCAAACGACGUUUCGAUGUUUAAUAGUGUAUCAAGAAAGCCUGGUGACAAAGACAUUAGUUUUCCUUUCCAAAAUCUUGUCUCAAUAUGUGCACUCUUAGUGUGGCAACCUGCAAACCCUGAAGAUACAAUUACAAGGAUUCUUUUUCCGGGCAGCACCCCUCAGCAUAAAAUCUUUGAGGGAUUAGAGAAGCUACGUAGUCUUGACUUCAUGAAGCAGCCAGUAUGUACAGCUAAAACACUUUCACCAUCAUCUUCAACAACGGGUAUAAGUACAAAGGUAACCAAAACUAAAUCCACUCCUGCUGUAAUAGAUAAAUUGGUCCCUGGUGAAGGCCUCAGUAAACCUAUAUCUAAAGGGAUAACACAAGCAGAUUCUGUGGGUAAACAAGCUGUAGCCAAAACCUCUACAAUACCUGUGUCUGGCUCCGGUGAGACAAAAAUCAAAACAACACAGCCAGCUCCUCCUAAGACUGUAAAGCAGAAGCAGGAAAAACUGAAAGUUGAAAAAGAUAAUAAAACCGAAGUAGAUAAGAACAUUGAAGCUGAUGCUACAGAUAAUGUAAAGCAAGACAAACCACUACUAAUUACAGAUCAGUUAAAAGAAAAAGAAUCAAUAAAAAUGAAGAAUGAAAAAACAAAGGCUGAAAAUAAACCUAAGAAAACCGAAAGCAAAAUUACUUCUCGAAUAUCAGAAAAGAAACCGGCAAAAGUACCUUCAGUGGAAAAGAAAGAUUCAGUUAAAUCAUCUCCGACUACACCGAAAAAAAGUGUUGAAUCAAAAAUGAAUGGAGUCGCUUCAAAAACAGAAAUAGUGAAGAGUACACCAAAACCAAGACUGAAAACAUCACCAUCGUCCACUCCUGCAAAAAGUACCAAAGAAGAGAACAAUAGAAAGGUCGUUGAAUCAAAAGCAAAGGCAGCAAUCACCUCUAAACCCACUGCACCUAGACAGUCAAAAAAAGAUGAUAAUGUGGUAAAACAAAAGCUAGACAAAAAACCUAUUAAGAAGACUUUAUCCUCAUCGCCGGUAAAAUUGCCGUCUAAAUCAUUUUCACCUGUUAAAAGCGCAUCGAAAACACUUUCAAAAACUAAAAGAGAUAGUAAAAAGCUGAAAGGUGAAAUUGAAAAGGGUAUUGUAACAGACUCAUCCGCAGUUUCAACUCCCUCAACAGUUGAUGCUGAAACUGCAAUAACAAAGGAAGAAAAAGUUGAACUCAAAGAAAAAACAAAUGGCCUUGUUGAGAAGGAUGUUGACUCGGGGAAAUUUGAAGAAAAUGAAAAAGUAGAAGAUGACACUAGCAAAGAUAUUGACACAUCUGUUGAAGUAAAGAAUAAAGCUGAAGAAGCCAGUGUGAGUGAAGAUGUAGCUAGUGUUGAAAAACCGGAAGAACAUCGCAUAGAAACUAGUGAAAAGGAUUAUAGCGAAAAAGAAGAAGAGGAUGAAAUUUUAAUAAUAGAAAAGGUUGAAAUUGAACAAUACGGCGAUGAUUCUGUUCAAGAUCAAGAGAGCUUAGAAUCCCAUGUUCCUGAUGAUGGAGAAGACGAAAUCCAAAAACAUUUACGCGACGAAGCGGAAUCUGAAAAAAAGAAGGACGACCAACCUAAAACUGAAGAAUGUCAAGACAUUGAAGAAAAUGAUGUUGUAUUACAUGACGAUCAAAUUGAAAAAGGUACCUUACUUGAAGAGAAAGAUAUAAGUGAACCAGCUAAACCAAGUGAUUUACCUCUGUCAUUAGUAAAAGAGAUUUCAACAGAAAAGGUCAUGACUCCAGAAAACCGAGAACAGAUUGAAGAAGAAGUACAAGAUAUUAUAACAUCUGCCACAGAUUUUGUUGCAAAAGCCAAAUUAGAGCAAUCCAAAGAAAGUUCUGAACUUUCUGCUGAUGGGAUUGGUUCUGAUGAACAAAAGACAUCAGGGGAAACAAAAGAUCUUCUCUCCAGUCCGGAAAAGUUCCCCGGGUUAUCUGAUAAAAACUUGACUGAUGAUGACAACAAACAAGAUGAUUUGAAAGACAGGUCUAAGGAAAUCGGAGAUGUAAGAUAUGCAGCAGAGGAAAGUCAGCCUGAUGAGAAAAUGUCUACAACGGUUGAAUCAGGUGCAACAACAGCUCCAACUCUUCCUGAGGACGAGAGGAUACCGUUAGAUGAAAUAAAGGAAGGUAUAGAAGAGAAGUAUGAUAAGGAAGACACAAAAGAAAAAGAAAUCGGAGCUUUGUCUGGAAGAAUAGAGCAGCCGACAACAUUACCUCAGGUUUCCAUUGUACCAGGGGGGCCCUACGAGGUUCAGGCAUCACAAAUUCUUAGAGAUAUUGUGAAAACUCCUGAUGAAGUGGCAGACUUACCAGUUCAUGAAGAAGUUGAUGGAUUAUAUGAGGAGGAAGAUUUUAGUCGAGACCAAUCAAAAAGUAAAGAAGACUUGCUUAACAUUAGUGGCAAAAAAGAUAUGGAUACAAAGGAAGAUACAAAAGAAGGUUUGACUGAAAACAAGAAUGUGUUAGAAGCACAUGAACAAAUAAAAAAACCAGACACAGUAUUGGCUGAAGAUGACGCCAAAGAAAAAGAGAUACAAACCAAAGAUGCUAAAACAGACAAUGAAGAACUAAAUGAAUUGACAAAUAUUCGACAAAAGCUUGAGGCAGAAGAUCUUAAACAAGAACAAAUCGAGGCUGACCAAAAACUGCUAUCUAAGGGUUUAGACCUUGAAUCAAAGCAUGAAAUGGUUCUUGAAACGGAACCUGUGCACUCUAUGCUAAAAGCACCCGAAGUAGCUGAACUAGUCAUGGUGACUCCUGAUUCAGCUCCAGAAUCACCCCUGCAUUUGUUAACAGAGAAGAAGGAUAAACUUGAUGACAAGCCUACAAUUGAUGCAGCCUCUAAAACAGAUGAGAGCCCGCCUACAAUUAAACAUGGGGAAAUUGAAGAAUCUUUAGACAUAGUAAUGGACCUUAAAAAGCCAAUAAGUUCACCCAAAACUCCUCCAGCUAGUCCAAUUCUUGAAGAUUUUACCAAAGAAAAAGACCAAAUUAAUGUUAUACCAGAGGUUACAGAGUUAUCUGAGAUCUCAAAGGAUGUGAUUGGUAGUCAUGAAGCACAAGAAACUUUAGAUGCAACUAAGUUAAAAACUGAUCAAAAACCUAUCCUAGAAAGUGCUAGUCUUAUCAAACCUGAGGAAUUAGAUAACAUCAUAACACAAGCCACAAAGGAUCGAGUGGAAUUUGAUAAUCAACUUGUGAGUGAAAUGAAUAAAGUGGUUCUAGAAGAUGAAACAAAAUCUGUGGAUAUUAUUUCACAUGAAACAGAACUUCCCUCUAUACCGGAAAAAGAAAUUGAUUCUUUUGAAAAAAGUACUGAUGUCCAGGAAAGUGAUGUGAAGUAUCAAGAUGCUGGUAAUUCUAAAUCAAAUGUUUCAGAACUACCUGAUAAACUUACAACAUGUUCCGAUAUAAAGAGUGAUCCCCAGAAGUCACAAGAGGAGGAAUUAUUAGUAGACAAGUCCAAAUCUCUGGACAGAGUAGGCCCGCUUGUUGCUGAAGGUUUAGGAGAAUCUCCAAAGCUAGACCAAGAACAGACUGUCAAUGAAAAACUGGAGACCGAAAAAUGUAUUAGUCCAGAGGAAAUAAUCAUUGCAGAAGGAGAUGAUCAGUCAUCGAAAAAAGGAGCUGAAGAGGCAACUAAAGCACAACCUUCAGAUCUGGGCAGUCUUUUAACUAAUACUGACAAAAUAUUUCCAGAAGAUACAGGUAAAACAGAUAAACAAGAAGCACCUGAGGAUAGGCCAGUAGAACAAUCUAAAUUAUUAGAUAAAGGAGCAACUGUUCUAGAUAAGGAUGACUCUCCUAAAGCAAUCGGUUUUGUUUCUCAAGAGAGGUCUGAGGAGAAAGCAGAGGAGGGGAAUUUACCUGUAACAGAAAUUCAUGGAAUAACACAAGCUACCAAUGUGCCUAGUAAACAAGAAAAUGAAACAUCUCAUUUAGAAGAGGGUGACACUCUGCCUUUAUCAAUUGACAACAAACAAGACUCUAAGCAGACACAAAAUGUUAAAAUUGAGGCUGAGAAAUUACCAUCAAGCAUAGAGAAAGUCGAAACAUAUAAAAGCACCAGUCCUUUGUCUAUUGACACAGGUGCUUCAAAAACUGAAGAAUUAGAACAAAGUGAAGAAACAAAAACGGGCUCUCCUAAGAGCCCUCUUCCAUCUUCUGAGAAGGGGGAUAGCAAACAUAGUACUCCAAAGAGUGUUAGUCCAACACUCUAUGAAAAAGAAGAUAUCGUUAGGGAUGCAAAAAAGAGUCAUGCUGGAGAAGACGAAAAUUCAAUUCUAGAGAAGCAUAUAUCUCCGAAAAGUAUUAGCCCAGUACCUUCUGAAGAAAGGCACGGUAUUACUAUUGAUGGGGAUCAAACUAUUCAAGAGAAAUCUGUAACUCCAAAAAGUAUUAGCCCAGUACCUUCUGAAAAAAGAGACAGUGUUAUAAAUGAUAAAGAUAUAACUAUGCAAGAGAAAUCAGUCACUCCAAAAAGUAUUAGCCCAGUACCUUCUGAAAAAAGAGACAGUGUUAUAAAUGAUAAGGAUCUAACUCUGCAAGAGAAAUCUGUCACUCCAACAAGUAUUAGCCCAGUACCUUCUGAAAAAAGAGAGAGUGUUAUAAAUGAUAAGGAUCUAACUAUGCAAGACAAAUCAGUCACUCCAAAAAGUAUUAGCCCAGUACCUUCUGAAAAAAGAGACAGUGCUAUAAAUGAUAAGGAUCUAACUAUGCAAGAGAAAUCAGUCACUCCAAAAAGUAUUAGCCCAGUACCUUCUGAAAAAAGGGACAGUGUUUUAAAUGAUAAGGAUCUAACUAUGUUAGAGAAAUCAGUCACUCCAAAAAGUAUUAGCCCUGCACCAUCAGAAAAAAGAGACAGUGUUGUAAAUGAUAAGGAUCUAACUAUGCUAGAGAAAUCAGUCACUCCAAAAAGUAUUAGCCCAGUACCUUCUGAAAAAAGAGACAGUGUUGUAAAUGAUAAGGAUCUAACUAUGCAAGAUAAACCAAUCACUCCAAAAAGUACUAGCCCAGUACCUUCUGAAAAAAGAGACAGUGUUAUAAAUGAUAAGGAUCUACCUAUGCAAGAGAAAUCAGUCACUCCAAAAAGUAUUAGCCCAGUCCCUUCUGAAAAAAGAGACAGUGUUAUAAAUGACAAGGAUCUAACUAUGCAAGAUAAGUCAGUCACUCCGAAAAGUAUCAGCCCUGCACCAUCAGAAAAAGAAGCUGAUGAAAAGGAAAAAACCAAAUUAGAUACACAGGUAUCACCAAAAAGUGUGAGCCCUGUACAUUCCGAGAAAAGGGACAGCAUAUCUCAUGAUCUCUGCCAACAAAUGGAUAGUAUUCCUCAGGAUAAGGAACAACCCAUUGAGAAUCUUGCAACUCCCAAAAGCAUUAGCCCUGUAAUAUCGGAGAAAGGGGAUACUGUUACUGAUGGAAAGAAACAAUACUCUUUAGAAAAGCACGACUCUCCUAAAAGUGUAAGUCCUGUGCCUUCUGAUAAGAGUGACAGCAUCCCUGAAAAUAAGAAACAAACUGAUUUGGAGAAGCCUGUCUCUGAAAAAAGCGUAAGUCCUGAACCAUCGACAAAAGGAGACAUUGUAACCGAUGAUAAAGCACAAGCUGUAUUAGAGAAGCAGUCCUCUUCUAAAAGUGCAAGUCCUUCGCCAACAGAAAAAGAAGACAGUAAUGUUCAUGAUAAAGAACAAUCUUUACAAGAGAAACCAAUCUCUCCAAAUAUCAUUAAUCAAGAGUCACUAGAGAAAGAGGCAGUGAAAUGUGAUGAAAAGGAACAACCUACCUCAGUAAAAAAUACUUUUCUCGAAAGUGAGAUACCUCUGUCUGCUAAAGAAAUCAGCAGUGUUACAACCAGUGAGGAACAGAGUGUUACAGAGAAAUCAGUUUCUACAAAAAGCAUAAGUCCUGUACCAGCUGAAAAGGGAGACUCCUCAUCUGACACAAAAGAACAAAACAUUAUAGAGAAGCAGACCCCUCCUAAAAGUGUUAGUCCUGUAUCUUCUGAAAGAAUUGAUACUAUUCCUCAGGACAAAGAAGAAACUAUUCCUGAGAAAGGUGGCAGCUCUGAUGUACCAGAUAAAAUGGAGAUUGUAGCUGAUGGUAAAGAACAAGUUAAUUUAGAGAAGCAGGUUUCUCAAAAAAGUAUCACUUCUGUAUAUUCUGAGAAAACAGACAGCAUUUCUGAUGACAAGGAAAAGACAGAUUUAGAGAAGAAGACUUCACCGCUUCAAAGUCUAAGUCCAGUACCAUCUGAAAAAGAAGUGUCUGCACAAACUGUAUUGGAGAAACAGUCCUCUCCAAAAGGUGUUAGUCCUGAACCUACAGAGAAAAAAGAAAGCUUUCCUCGUGACAAAGAACCAGGAGAGAAACAAAUUUCUCCAAAAAGCAUCAGUCCUACACAAUCAGAGACAGGAGUAACUCUUUCUGACAGAAUAGAAAAAACAAUUUUAGAAGAGCAAACUUCUCCAAAAAGUGUUACUCCUGUACCUGUAGAGAAAGAAGAUAACAUCACUCACACCAAGGAACAGAAUACUGUACAAGAGUCAGUUUCCCCACAAAGCAUUAGCCCUGUGCCAUUAGAGAAAGAAGAUAGCAAGUCUGAUGGGAAAGAAUCAACUCUGAUGGAGAAGCACCUUUCCCCAAAAAGUGUUAGUCCUGUCCCAUCAGAAAAAGUAGAAGUCGUAUCAGAAAAAGUAGAAGUUGUAUCAGAUGGAAAAGAAUCCACUUGCUUGGAGAAAGAGGGGUCGCCAAAAGGUGUAAGCCCUGUUCCGUCUGAAGAAAAAGAUACCAUUUUAUUAGGUAAUGAUCAAACUAUUCUACAGAAGGGAUCAAUAGAAGUCUCCCCAAAAAGCAUAAGUCCUGUACCCUCCGAGAAAGCAGAAACUUUAUCUGAUGGUAAAGUACUCACUAUGCUAGAAAAUAUAGCUACUCCUAAAAGCAUUAGUCCUGUACCAUCUGAAAAGGAAGAUUUCGUCUGUCAAAGCAAACAACCUGAUUCUUCACAGAAGCUUGAUACUCCAAAGAGGCUUAGUCCUGUGCAGUCAGAGAAAGAGGUUAUUGAUGAUCAUAAGGAACAAGUGGUUGUAGAGGAUAGUUUGAUUCAAAAAAGUAUCAGUCCAUUGCUCUCUGAAAAAGAAGAUAACAUUGCUUCUUCAAAGAGCAUGAGUCCAGAACUUUCUGUUAGGGUACUUGAUGAAAAAACAGAGUUGCAAACAACAAUUUUAGAAAAACAUGAUACUCCAAAAGCCAGUAGUCCGGUGCACUCUGGUGAGGGUGGUGACCAGAAACCUCGUAAAGAAGAAACCUCUUUUGACAAUCAGGAUUCCCCUAAGAGUGUAAGCCCCCUCCCAGUAGAUUCGGUAGACAAAGGAAAAGAGAAAGGUGAAACAAUACUUGAAAAACAUGGUAGCCCUGAUAUCAAGGAAAAUGGUAAAGAACAUGAGCAAACCCUCUUAGAAACACAAGGCGGUGCUAAAAGUGUUAGCCCGAUAUAUACCAAGGAGCAGACAUUCUGUGGAACUAUUGAAACUCCAAAAAGCCUCAGUCCUGUACCUUCAGAAGGGCAAUCUGGUGGCAAGGAGCAAGCACCUACAGACAAAGUGGAUUCUCCCAAAAGUAUUAGUCCUGUGCCUUCUGAUAAGGGAGAAAAUAAAGUUGACGAAAAAGCACGAGAGUCUUCAGAAAAACUUGAGAUAUCUAAAAGCAUCAGUCCCACACAUUCGGAUCAUGGAGAAUUGAAUUUAGGAGACAAAGCAACUUUAGAUUCAGUAAAACAGGAGUCACCUAAAAGCAUUAGCCCUGUGCCUUCAGAUAAGGAAGUUAAAAUUGCUGAAAAAGAACUGUCGGGUUCAGAAAAACAUGACUCUCCUAAAAGCAUAAGUCCACUGCCUAGUGAUAAAGAGGAUACCAAAGGAUUAGUAAAAGAAACUGGGUGUGAAAAACAAGACACUCCAAAAAGCAUUAGUCCCUUACCCAGUGAUAAGGAUAGUUCUGAACCGUCAGAAAAGGAGUUGUCUUUAAAAGAUGUGCCUGUCCCAUCCAAAGAUGUCAUUAGCGUUAAAAGUGAUGUAACCGACAUUAAACAAUCGGAAAGUCCCUCAUCACACAGUGAUAUGGUUAGUUCAAAAACUAGUAGUGUGUCUGUUACUGAAACCGAAAAAGCUGACACUGAACUCUCGGAAAAAGAAAAGGAUAAAAUCAUACUAGCCACAGUUUUGAAAGAAGCUUCAUCUACAGUUGAACUGCAAAGUGGUCAAGGAACUGGUGUCACUCAUAGCCAAGAACAAGAAGAAAAUAUAAUUUCAAGUAAGCUUACAGAACCUGAAGAGAAGAAUUUAAAAUCAAACUUAGAAUCUUUUUCAGCGAUUGAUAAAAUUGCAAUUGAAUCAUCUCUGGAUCAGAUAAGUAGUGAUAUUAAAAUUGUUGAAAAUGAAAGAGACACUUCAAUAAAAGAUAACCAAUUAGAAAGUAGCAAAUUAAGUUGUAUAGAGGUUUCUACUUCAAGUGAAACACAUUCACCAGUUAAUGGUCAAGAGGACACUAAUAAUAUAAGUGCUUCGUCUACAGGGGAGGAUACUGUGAUUGAAAAGCCAUUAGCUAGUAAGAGUAUAAAGACUGAAAAGGAUAUUAAAUCUGAUUCUGAAAGUUUAGUGCCUUCUAAUUUAAUAAGCCCUGGCCUACAUUCAACAUUAAAUGAAAGUUCAUCUGGUUCAAGUGUUAAAGACAGUUCAGCAAAUUCAACUGCUGAACAGAGAUCUACUGGUAUUACUGAAACAAAGAGCGGCCUUCAUUCAGCUGAUGUUAGUUCUCUAAGUAGUAGUAAAGUUGAUGAUACGGAAUCUGCAAGUUCGAUGAAGGAAGAAAUCUCAUCCGUUCAUAGAAUGCUUGUUACUGGUAGUAGUGAAGAUGGCGGUACUGAGACAGAGCUUUGUUCGAGUUCUGUAAGGAAGUUGUCAAGUAGUUCUCUUGAUAAAAACUUAGGAAACGUAGCACAUGUCUCUCAAGAAGAUGAAUCUGAGCCCGAUCAUGUGGCAACAUUUUCCGCUGAAAAACAAGAAACUGCAGGAUUUUCGACAAAGGAAGCCGAAUUGCCACCUGAAAAAACAAUUAUUACUACAACAGUAUACUCAACAGAUGGCAAGGAACCUCAAAUCAAUGAAAGCACAAAACCAAGUGAUGUUGUAAAAACUAUAACGACAACAGUCAUAAAGACAUUUGGUGAACAUCCAAGCACCGACAUCAAAACAACCGAAGAAAUUGUGCCCUCUACAGGAGAAAUAUCACAUACAGACAUUGAAAAAACAGUGAAGAAAAGUGAAAUAGUUUCAUCUGGGGUUCAAUCAUUGAAGAGAGAAGUGUCUGAUGCUGGGAGAAGUGGUACGCCAGCAUCAGACUUGGCGAGUGAACGAGAGCUCGAGAUGGGAGGUAUUUCAACUCCACACAGUGACAUCAGUAGUGGGCAAGUCUCUAGGGCAGCGACUCAUGUGUGGGGAGAGAGUAGCGAGGGCAGACCUGACUCUCGCCAUUGUGACAGUGAUGAUGAUGUCCCCUGCUCUCCAAUGAGUGCGACAUCACAUCUGGCCCAGUCUCCUCCUCAGUUUGACUUUGAUAUUCAUCAGCAUGCUUCUAAAGACUCUUCUCUACCUGCAGCUAUGACUGGUUCGUUGUACGGUAGCCUCCCUGAUGAUCCUCUGGAGGAAUACAUGAAGAGUAAGAAUUUGCCUGUUGAGAGUCAGAUGUAUUCUUCAAUGUACGUGAGCAAGUACGGUGAUGACGAUGAGAGUGAAGAUGAGCAUAAACCUGUGCUUAGUGGCUCUAAAAUUCUGUCUGGAGUUCAACAAACUAAAACCGAAGAUAUUGAUUUUGAAACUGCAAUAAAAGAACACAGAUCAGUAAGAGGCGAGGAUCUGACAGUAAAAUACACAAACGGUAAAUCUGAGACUACUGUCAAUGGGAAGUCGAGUCAUGGUGGUACAAGCACUAACGGGUUAAGCAACGGUAAAAGCUCACAACCAGAUAGUCUUGAAUACCAAGUAAGUCAAUCUUCUUCGGCCGUUAGCUCAACCAUACUGUCCAAAGCUGUACCGUCUCUCCCUGUCACUGAAACUAGCUCAAGUAGUUCCUCCAAACCAUCAGUUGAAGAAAAGAAAGAUCCCAUCGAGGGAUGGGGCAAACCUCUCGGACUUCCUCCACCACCGAAGAAUCUAAUUGAUUCACCUCUCAGCCAAAGUACUCUAACUCUGGUGUGGAACCCAGCAGAUGAGUGGGGUAUUCCCCUAGGACUGCCCUCCCCUGCCCCCCCAGCUGUCAAGAAAGACUCUAUGAAUGGUGAAAUUGACGCUGAAAUAACAUCUACCAGUAACAAAACAACACCAAAGAAGGUUGCCAGAAGGAAUGCUGAAAAUAACAAGUCUGCUUCUAACACAUUAAUAGGUAAAGAAGCAAGUAACAAAUCGAAGCAUCCUGAGUCACCUGUUAAACGGGCUUCCAAUAAGGAUGCCAAAUCAAAGUCCAUCUCACCUGUGUACAUGGACUUGACGUAUGUUCCUCACCACGGAAAUUCAAACUAUACCAACGUUGAGUUUUUCAAGCGAAUUCGAGCUCGUUAUUAUGUCUUCAGCGGGACUGAGCCCAGCAGAGAGGUGUUCAACGCACUACUUGAGGCCAAGCAAACAUGGGAAGACCAAGAUUUAGAAGUAACGAUUAUUCCGACCUACGACACCGACACUCUGGGCUACUGGGUGGCAGAGAAUGAGGAUCUGCUAGCCAAGUACAAGAUAGAUCUGUCCCCCUCAGCUAGCCGCUGCACUAUCAACCUCCAGGAUCACGAGACCAGCUGCUCCGCGUACCGACUGGAGUUCUAGGGCCACGUGCCUUCCGAUAGGCUCAAGGUCUACGGAUGUGCUGCGUCUUAACACUGUUGUCACUAGACAAUGUGCGCUCACUCAAUGGAAUCUGUUUUAUCCGUGCAGCAGAAGUUCUGCUUAAUUUUCACAGCGACUUUGCCAUCUUCCUGAGUUGCUGUUGCAGUAAAGAAGCUAGAUCGGAGAGUAUCGAUUCCACAGUGUGUAUAUUGUGUAGAUUUUGUUUCAGUUAUGAGACUGGCUCUCUUUAAAGUGAUAUUAUAAUAGCUUUUUAAAGAAAACGCCUGUAUUUUAACCUGUAUGUAUUUCAAUUGCUUUUUACAAUUCAGUUCGGUUUCAAUUUUCAGUUUUUUUUUUUUAUUUGCUGCACAAAAAUUAGUCCUUGCAUUUCCUGUACAUCCGUCCACAUAAUUUUACUAUGGCAUUUGUAAGACUUUUACACUACUUUUAAAAGGAGUAUAUAAGUGGCUUUUUCACUUUUCUUGAGGUCCUUCGUUUUAAAUCCAGAACGGCACAAACAGAUUCCAAAAUGACGUUACACUUUGAGUGAUGGUACACAAAAGGUCUCUAAUACAAUUAAUAUUAGAUUUUCCUUAAUCAAAAAUGUAAUUUUAAGCGGCCCCGAUACUAAUAUCUAUGUCAGGGAUUUAAUAGUCGGAUCUAUUUUAGUAUUUUAGCUUUGAACUUCAUAGAAGAGGUGUGAUCAACUGUAGCAUAUAUGAAAGCGACUGCGACAGUCUAGCUCAAGUGAAGGGGGCUCCCUAGCGUAGUUGGAGUUUGGGAGUUCUGAAACUCGGUGCCAUGGAUUCGGGAGCUCCACGCCGGGUACAAUGAUGGAAUUACCAGAACCGUCUAAAACAACAAUCAGAGAAAUUGUUGCUAUGCAGUCCAUGUCCAUUUUGCUUUAUAUUACGUAUUUAAAGCUUAUUAUAUUACUACUAUAUAUCAGUACUUAAUAUAUUCAAACAGUAGAUGAAAGGUAAUUCCUUACAUUGAUGUUUAUACCAUUUGUCAUAUUUAGAAAGUUGACGAUCAAUCGUUACAUUUGUUGCUAGUUACUUUGUUAGUUUAUGUUGCAAGUGUAACAAGCAUCUUAAGUGUUUUAAAUUAGAAAUGAUUGAAUUUUUUAAAUUGUAAGGCUUUUGGAAAAAAGGGUUUAAAAAAUUUUAAAUUGUUAAACUUUAGCAAUGUUUUAAGAAGUGCAAUCAAUAUGUUAUCCUCCUGUUUAAUAAGUUUCAUAUGUUCAAGAAAUGUUGUGUUUUUGUUUGUUAAGACUUGGAGCUUUAGGAACAAUUUUUAGUGAUCCAAUUUUCAAUACCUAUGUUUUAUUUAUUAUAACUCUACCAUUGAGCCAAUCUUGAAGUUUUUUAUGUGUGACAAUAUGAUUUCUGUACCUAUUUGUACAAUUAUUAAAAAUAUUGCAGUAUACAGAAGUAACAAAUUAAUUAUUUUCAAUCAGAACACAAUAGUGUGAUAUACAUACAUGUGAUGAUAGAUAUUUCUUUUAAAAAGAUUUUCUGAUCAUACCUAUAAACAAAUUCAAGCAUUUUAUUCUAAUGAUGGUACAGAUGUUAGCUCAAUGGUACAGUUACAUUUCUAGAAAGACCCUAGAUCAGAAUUGAUAUUUGAUUGUUUGAAAAGUGAUAAAUUCCCAAAACAUGUGAACGGUUUGCAAAACUAAUAGCAACCAUUUUUGUCAUUAGGGAAUGCCAAAUAUUUCCAGCAGUGAAUUGCAUUGUAUAUUGUUAUAGUUGUUGUUUGAAUGCCGUUAGAUUUAUUUUCAAACACUGCUAUUUUACAUUGGUUUAGUAUGUGCUAAAUAUUUUAUUUUCUGCACAAGACAUUUAAUUUCCAUUUGUUACUUAAUAACUGUAUCAUUCCAAAUUGCAUUUAUUUUUGGCAAACCAGAUUUUAUGUGGGUCUUGUAAAGGUAAUAAAAUAUUAGUUCAUGUUUGAUGGAAUUGCCUGAAUUUCUUUGGUGUUCAGUUAAAUAAAUUUGGAUAAUUUGUUUGGAUUUGGCAUCUAGACUGAAUGGUAAUUUCUACGAUAACAGCUCUGUUACCAGUGCCGUAAUAUUCCAUCCUACUAAUAAAUCCCAGAAACAGUUAAAUGACAUGGGAAAAACUACUAAACCUGUUUCUUGAUUUAUUUAGUACCUGUAUAAUUUAUGUUGAGCACUAAUUCCCUUUUGUUUUACAACUUCAAUGUGUGGCUCAAUAAAAAGGCAUUCAAUUAAUGGUUUUAAAACAAUCUUUUGUCAAUUACCCAUAUGAUAAGGGUGUGAUUUUAUUAUAAUGUUUCAUUACGGUACCAAAAUCAUACAAAGUUCACCACGAUAAAUUUUAGCUUCCCUGAGAGUUUGAUAAGUUGUCACCUAAUUUUCUUUUCAUAAUUUUAACAUUGUUCUUUACAUUUUCUUCUUAGCAAUACCAACAAAAACAAAUAUAAAUUUUUUCCCUGACCAAUUAUUUUAAAGACGCCAUUGUAUAGCUCCAAUAUUAUUAACAUUUGGUUUUUUUACACCUCGAUAUCAAACAAGUCCUUAUGAAGAUUCCUUAACGUUUUAACGCUAUUUAUGUGAUACUUGUUUUCUAUUCACGUAACUAUAUGACUACCAAACGUUGCGUCAGGCAAUCCCACCAACGUGGAUCUGCGUCUUGUGACAUUCUUCGCCUGUGAGUUAGAUCCAUCCUCCAGGUGUUGGAAACUUACUUCUGUAGUGGAACGGUAAAGUAGUCAGUUCCAUUUCCAGCCAUGCGGCCAUGUGUUACUUUUGAUAUCAAACUUAGGUGUUGUCUAGCUUUGUAAAUUCCAUUAAAAGACUGACUCGAGUAAGUGAGGAGUAAUGUCAGUGGUGUGAAGGCUCAAGAAUAACCGAAGCUCUUUCUCAAUCCCAUUAAGGGUUGGGUUGCACUAAAUACGGAAACAUGGUCUAUUUCUUAAACCAUUCUAAAUCCUAGCCAAACAACCUGAAUAAGUAAAACAAUUGCAGUUAUUUUGUUGUGUCUGCAACCUUACAGUAUACACUAUUUUGUUCAUUUUGAAAAAUUAUAGUUUUUAACCUUUUGUUGUUUAACAUAGUUUAUUUCUGUUAAAAUUGCAAAAUUUGAAACUAAGGUAAACCUGUGUAUGGUAAUUUUCUGUUUUACGUUUUACUUUGGAUGAAGAUUUAAAAAUAAACAUGCUACAGCCUGUUUUUAAAUAGUAUUUGAUAUCUUGAGGUUGUUCAUGGUACUUAUUUUUUGUAUUAUAUUAGGCCCUGAAAAUGUAUUUUACAUGUUAUUUAUAUUCAGAAAAUUAUUGUAUUGUUUAGUUUGUAUAAGUUGUGCAAUCGUAUGAUUAUUUAUUAAUUUUUCUAGGUGGUGAUUAAACUAACUAGCCUAAUUUUACCAAAGACCAAAUAUAUGUAUUUUAGAUAUUCUAAGGUCCUAUUGUUCUAAUAUCUGUUUUAUGUGAUUAGUUGGUGUGUUGGUGCCCCAUUGUACAAUCCCUGCUAUUACUUGGAAAAAAAUUAAACUCAACAAAUCCUAAACAAAUAUAUUUUUUGUAUUAUUUUUUAACUAUAAUACGUUAAUUUUGUAAUGUUACAUUAAAAUAUAUUUGUUAAAAUUAAUAAUGUUAUAUUUUAGUAACAUAUUUUAAAACUCAAAAUGUGAUUACUGUACUUCAAUUAUUGCAAAUUUCAAUUGUUAUCAAUUAAUGGAAAAACUAUUAUGAAUAUAUAACACAAUAUUUAAAUUUAACCUUGGGGAUUAUGAGCAUACAAGAGCACAUUUAUACGAGGCAAAAAGAGCUUUUGAUUGUAAUGUUAACAUUAUUGUAAAGUAUGGAUUAUUAAUGAUGUUAUUCGUAGUUUUAUAUGAAUAUAAUUAUUUAGUUUGCUAUCAUGGUGCUAUAAGAAUGUCACCGUAGGUUUGCCUUGGAAUGAGUGAAGACGACGGCUUAGCCACUUUCGUUUUCCCGCCCGCUUUCAUCCUGCAUGCGUUUUGUAAAGAUCAUUCAGAGGUAUUUAUAAGGAAAUGUAAUGAAUAAUUACUGGUAAUAAAAGUGUUACAAAACCC